AUGUCUUUUUGUCUUGUUGAAGCUGAAAAUCUCUGUGAAUAUGAUACAGAAUAUUCUCCAACCAAUAACGACCAUGAUGAUGAUUAUUCAACAACCCCUGAUUUACUAAAUGACAAUUUUGAUUCUUCAACUGACCAACCAAAUAAUGAAAGAGCAACAGUAGAAGUCCCACCUCCCUACCCUGCAUUUAGAAUAGCUUAUGCUAUUAAAGCCAAUAAACAAUUAAAUAUUUUACAACCAACAUCUUCAAUUUCUGAUUCAGUUCCAACUCUUCAUGAGUUUUUUGAACAACUAAAUAAAGCUUAUAAUGAUAGUAACGAUGAUUAUUUAAAAUUGGAAGCAGCAUUUGCAAGAGAAAAACUAACUGUAAACG